AUGGUAAAGGUAUUAGUACUCGGCGCUUCAGGAUACAUUGGAAAUGCUGUAGCGCAAGCAUUUGCAAGAUCAGGUCAUGAAGCCUUUGGUUUAGUUCGUAAGCGUGAAAAAGUCAAUAUGUUGGCUAGGAAUGAAAUAUUUCCAAUUUUAGGUGAUGUUAAUGAUUUAUCUAGUUGGAUGCCUACAGCAGAGCUAUGUGAUGUCAUAGUCGAUGCAACAUCAGAAUAUAAUGAACCUGUAAAACUUGUUAAUACCAUUUUAAAUUCUUGUAAUGAAAUUUCUAAAAAACGAGUUGAAGCUGGUGGUAGUAAAUUGCUACUUAUUUACGCUUCAGGACUUUGGGUCUAUGGUGGUGACUCGUUCUCAAUAAAAUCAGAACAAACACCUCUUCAGACAGACUUAAAACUCGACCUUUGGCGCCCUGAAUGCGAACGACAAAUUUUAAACUCACCUCAUAUUAAUGGUAUAAUAAUUCGCUCUGGUGCGGUAUAUGGUAAAAGCGGUUCUUUGACUGGUAUUUGGUUUAAAGCCGCAGUUGAAGGAAGAUUAGAAGGGAUUGGAAAUAGAGAUAUCAGAUGGGCUUUUGUUCACGUUGAUGAUUUAGCUGAAUCAUAUGUGCAAGCGGCCGAACGUGUGGAAAUUGUUAAAGGGCAAAUUUUUAAUAUUGUAAACAAUUCAACAGAAUCAAUGGGUGAUGUCUUGACUGCGAUUGCACGAGUUACUAAAUUUAAAGGAGAAAUAAAAUACCGUGAACCUACAACAGAUUUUGAGAUAGCAAUGACUCAUACAGACCUUUUUACAAAUCGUAAACCACAGACAUUACUUGGAUGGCAUCAAAAAAAAUUAGGAUUUGUUGAUGGAAUUGAAAUUUGGUGGAAUAGUUUUAAAGGUUGGAAUGAUUUAUGA